CCUGCCCCUGUGCCCUCAGCCUGCCCCUGUGCCCUGAGCCUGCCCCUGUGCCCUGAGCCUGCCCCUGUGCCCUCAGCCUGCCCCUGUGCCCUGAGCCUGCCCCUGUGCCCUGAGCCUGCCCCUCCUGCCCCUGUGCCCUCAGCCUGCCCCUGUGCCCUGAGCCUGCCCCUGUGCCCUGAGCCUGCCCCUGUGCCCUCAGCCUGCCCCUCGUGCCCCUGUGCCCUGAGCCUGCCCCUGUGCCCUGAGCCUGCCCCUGUGCCCUCAGCCUGCCCCUGUGCCCUGAGCCUGCCCCUGUGCCCUGAGCCUGCCCCUGUGCCCUGA